ACAGCCGAAAAUCUCGUCGUCAAGAUCUGCAACACUCCUACUACCGCAAGCCCGCCGCCGAGCGAAGCGAAGUUAUCGAUGCGAAGAGACUCAAUUGCCCGCACGAAGUCAGUCCCCAGGCCACCGAAUCGAGCCGCACCUCGAAUUCACGCGCGGGCGGCAGUUUCCGCAAACAUGCCAGCCGUCCUGCCUCGACUGACCGCCCCACAUAUAGGCCCGGUUCCCGUUCCUAGCGCCAGCCAAGUUUUGGUCCCAAAGAGUCAUUUCGCGCCAAUGCCUUAGCCUGGCCUAGAUCAGAUCGACGGCAAGGAGGAAGACCAAAUGGAGGCCGGAGCUGCUGCAACAUACAGAGGCCGAACUUGUUCCGGAUUUCGGGACCAAAAUUUGGCGCAUGG